AUGAGCAUCAAGUACGGACUGGGCGGCACUGGGUCCGCGCUGGCCGUCGUGGGAGCUUACAUGCUCUUCACCGGCAGCGGCGAGGCCUUCAACGUCGGCGCCUUUCUCGAGUCGAUAUCGCCCUACGCCUGGGCAUCGAUGGGCAUUGCCCUGUGCAUCGGACUCUCAGUCGUUGGAGCGGCAUGGGGCAUCUUCAUCACCGGCUCGUCCAUCCUCGGCGGUGGUGUUAAGGCGCCGCGCAUCCGCACCAAGAACCUCAUCUCCAUCAUCUUCUGUGAAGUCGUUGCCAUCUACGGCGUCAUCAUGUCCAUUGUCUUCUCCGCCAAGAUUGGCGACGUCACCGGUGCCGACCUGUACUCGGGCGACACCUACUACACCGGCUAUGCCCUCUUCUGGUCCGGCAUUACCGUCGGCAUGUGCAACCUGAUCUGCGGCGUGGCUGUCGGCAUCAACGGCAGCGGUGCUGCUCUGGCCGACGCCGCUGACCCGACUCUCUUCGUCCGCAUUCUCGUCAUCGAGAUCUUCAGCUCCGUUCUCGGCCUCUUUGGCCUUAUCGUCGGCCUCCUCGUCUCUAGCAAGGCCCGGGAAUUCGGAGCACAUUGA